AAGACUGAGCUUCGCAACAUGGAAAGAUUGCAGAUGAGGGAAGGGGUAGAUAUGAUGUAUUUGAAAGAUGUUAUCUUAAAGCUUCUUGAAACAGGUGAAGUGGAGGCUCUACUACCCGUGAUUGGAAUGCUGCUUCAAUUUAUUCCUGAAGAGAUUCACAAGUGUCAACAUGCAUACCGUGCCUGUACAGAUGUUACGCCAAGCCCAGCAAGCGAUGGUCCAGGAUCCCGUUCUCUUUUCUCAAGAUUCUCAUUUACUUAAGAGUGGAAAACAAGUCAAAAGGAUUCUUUUAUUGCAUGAGGAUUAUCUGCUACCGCAACUCAGCAGCAAUGGUGUUGGCUGCUUGCCGCAGGCAUGGUCUCAGUAUAUCUUGUAUUCUUUUUGUAAAAACGCUACAUUGGUUAACAAAAAGGUUCAGAUAUUGUAAAGAACGAUUAAAAGAGAGAAUGAUAUACCUCAAUAUCAAGAGGGAGGAGAAACAUUUCACCAGUA